CUGGCAGGCCGCAGUGCAAUAGUGGGCUCCUAGGCUACCGUUUCGCAGGCCCAGGCCUGAACUGGAAAGACUCCCAUGAGAAAGGAAAUGGCCUAGCAAACUCUGAGCUGGUAACAUCCUUGAACGAUACAAACAGAGGCCAAGUUGAUGUUCAUAACACCAGCUGCGCUCUGGUGUUGAAGAACACGGAGCCAAGCCCAGCCACAACUAGCCCUGAAAUGGAGAUAAAGUAAGAACAAACAGGGUACUGUGUAUGAAACUGAUCCUGCAGUGGUCCGACUAGAUGAAGGCGAGCUUCCUGAAAUGCAUUUGCUGCAUGGAGUAAACAACCUCUAUCCUGCAGUUAACAGCUCUUGCAGUUAUGCUGACAGAAAUAGUUGACAAGGAAAAUGGAACUCGAGGCGAUUUUUCCCAAUUUAACCUUCCAGACAGUCUUCCUGAAAGUGAUACCAGAAGCCAGACAAAACCAUCAGAACUGGAAAGCACCAGCAUCAGUGUCAAACUGCCUAUGACAGCUUCAGAAGCCUUGAAAAAUUUUAGAAACCAGUUAACUGUUUAUGAGCAAAAAGAAAUUUUCAAUUAUACAGAGCUAUGGUUUCUUGGGCUGGAAGCUAAAAAGAUUGAAGGUUUGCCUGAAACCCAGAAUAAUAAUUGUUAUGAUGAUGAGCAUGGUUCCUACUUAAAGGUUUUACAUGACCAUAUUGCAUACCGAUAUGAAGUGUUGGAGGUGAUUGGGAAAGGGUCAUUUGGGCAGGUGGCUAAAUGUUUGGAUCAUAAAACAAAUGAAUUAGUGGCAUUGAAAAUAAUAAGGAAUAAGAAAAGAUUUCACAGCCAGGCUUUGGUAGAAGUGAAGAUCCUUGAUGCUCUCCUGAAGAAGGACAAAGAUGAUACUCAUAAUAUCAUCCACAUGAAGGAAUACUUCUACUUUCGCAAUCACUUCUGUAUUUCCUUUGAACUGCUGGGAAUAAAUUUGUAUGAGUUGAUCAAAAAGAACAAUUUCCAAGGUUUCAGUUUGUCUUUAAUUCGACACUUCACUCUGUGUGUGCUGAGAUGUUUACAAGUGCUCUACCAGGAAAGAAUAAUUCACUGUGAUUUGAAGCCUGAGAACAUACUAUUGUACCACAAAGGCCAAGCUUCAGUAAAAGUUAUUGAUUUUGGAUCAAGCUGCUAUGAACACCAAAGAGUGUACACCUAUGUUCAGAGCCGGUUUUAUCGCUCGCCUGAAGUGAUUCUUGGUCAUCCUUAUGCUAUGGCUGUUGAUAUGUGGAGCUUAGGCUGUAUUAUAGCUGAGCUUUACACAGGCUACCCACUGUUUCCAGGGGAAAAUGAAGUUGACCAACUUGCCUGCAUCAUGGAGGUAUUGGGUCUUCCACCAGCUGAUUUUAUCCAGGCUGCAUCAAGAAAGCGAACGUUCUUUGAUUCCAAAGGUUUUCCUAAAUCCAUAACUAACAGCAAGGGAAAAAAGAGAUGCCCAGACUCUAAGGAUCUAAGUACAGUGCUGAAAACCCAUGAUGCUGGUUUCUUGGACUUUCUGAAAGGAUGUCUGAUGUGGGAACCUGCCCUGCGCAUGACUCCUGAUGAAGCCCUGAAGCAUGCAUGGAUCCAGGAACCAAAAAUAUACAGAACAAAACAGAAAACACAGACUUCAGUGAAGCUAAGUGAUGACUUUUUCUGUACAACAGAAAAGAAAAAAGACAAUACUCGAGAUAGCUGGAAAGAUACAGCCUACGAAGUGGAAUGUGAACUGGCUGAAAGACUGACUCCCACUGUGCCCUUAAUAGGCACAACAGAAAAUGAUGUGCAGGAUACAAGGAAAUGUGUUAUUCCAGAGAAACACUUGGAGACCCAAAUGGAAGAAUGUAUAAAAAAUGAUCAAGCAGAACACAUUGGUGAAACAGCUCUUCCAAAAAAUUCUCAUUUUUUCCCACCAAUUAAGUAACAGACAGCACAUGUGAUGAUUGGUUCAGUUGCACACGUGGUAUAUUUUGUAGGUAUUCUUUGUACUCAGGAAAAUAAGCUGUAUAUGGGCUGUGCACAUUGUAAGUAUCUUUAAUGUUCAUUUUACCCUGAAAUAGUCCAGGCAACCAAAACAGAAUUUGAAAACAAUUCCUUUUCCUCAUCUACAUCCUUGUUGUCAUCAGAGAUACUUCAAAACUGGCAGCAAUAAAAUGGAGACUGUAGAGGUGGCUUAUUCUUGAUGUUACAACAGACAUUCAAAUUUUAGAUUUUCCUGGAGCUAAAAGAAGAAAUGCAUUGUUUGAAGAAUCUCGAGUCCUUUCACUUAUUUCAGGGUAAAUCAGGAAUAUUUCAUGGAGAGGAUCACUGCAUUUACUUUUGUGUAAAUAAUAAGAUAAAUCAAACCCAGCAUCUUCGCUUUCCUCCUUCUCUCUCUCUCUCUUUUUUAUAGUGAAGCACUAAAUAGGAAACAUUGUCACACAGCAGAUUUAGAAAUGUAAAUUAUGCUCUUUAGCUCUUUAGCAGCAACACAGAAGACUGGUAUUCUGGGCUUACUUCUGCAAGAUCUCCACUCAAUAUUCCUAUCAACAAGGAGGAUGGAUUAAAGGAAGCUGCUUUGAUUCAGGAAAUAGUCGUCCAUGGGAAGCUUAACUUAAUACUCUGAAAAAAACCCAGAUUUCUGUGAGCCCUAUGAUUUAUAUGUUUAAUUAAUUUAAACAUUUAGCUCUUUGGACAAUAGACUGUAGUUUCAUUGCAUCUGUAAAGUACCCACCCCGUUAUGAGUCUUAUACUUUACCGUGGCUUAUAGAUAGUGCCACAAGAUAAAAAGAAAUAAUGAGGAAAUUGUCCUACAAAAUGCAGCCUCUACUGUAACAGCAGUUAAUCCCAAGAGAAAUAGUGGUUCACAGGUGUUAAGACUCACCAUAACAGCAAACUCGCACAGGCUCUUUGUGUAAAAGGAAAACCCAAAGGACAUCAAAAUGAUCCUCACACAAUUCUAACAGUGAAUAAACAAGCCAUCAGACAGGGUACAGAGGUGACUGCAUUAAAAAAGCCCUAUAGCAGGUGUGCUGUCCUACUGAAUAGAAAGUUAAUCCUGCUCUGGCAGGGGACUUGGACUCGAUGAUCUUCACAGGUCCCUUCCAACGCCUAAUAUUCUGUGAUUAAUGGUAACAGUCAUCUCAGAGAAAAAGGACAGCACAAUGCAUUGGGACCACCUUCUUGGCUUCAGGCAAAUCCUGAGACUGGUGAAGAAAUGCCUGGAAGAUGAAAGAGCCAGCAGGGUAAUAGCUCACUUUUGAGUGUAACUGAGCAGCGAAUUACAAGGGUAAAUACUAUCAAAUACUAUCCUGCUCUGAUGCAAGCACUACUGACCAGCAAGCCAGGUUGCAGUACCAGAACUAUCUGUUUCUCUGGCUUCAGAGAGACUCCUUUGCAGCUGAACCCUCCUGGAGUCUGUGAGAAGAUCCUAUUUAUCACCAGAAUGAUAUACUGGGAAAAGUGAGUUCUGUUAUGCGCUGCUGUUUUGGUGAUCAGGGUGGUUGAGCAUCUUGUUGAGUGUGGGUAGAGCCCUUAUCACAUUUCACAGAGGAGUCCCACCCCUUGGAGGAGCUGAACAAACCAUCAGUUUUUAGGAAAUAUUCAGAUAGGUUUUUGCAGGUAUUUGGAAAAGAUUUGGGCUGAUUAUUUGCAAGUAACACAGAAAAUAAAAAGCGAAGGGUUUAUGUUUAAGAACAGGUGUUCAAUGUGGACUAAAACCAGCAAAAGUACUUAUUCUGAUACCACUUGACAUAAAAUGUCAGAUCCUUAUAUUCUUGGAACUAUAAAGUUUUGAUUCAGUUGUUCAUUUUCCAUCUCUGUUGUAGUACAUUCACUUGACUGCUUAGGCUGCUGCAUGUUAAAAUACUUGUCUUCUCAUAAUUGUGCGCUUGUGUAUUUGUCUGCUCUACCUCAGAGGUAAAGUUUGGGAUCAGUUAUAUUAAGCUGCUCUCAUUAGUGCUGCUUAGUCCUAAUGAAGCCAGAAACCUUAUUUAAUGUAUGGGCUUGUGUGCUGGAGUUGCAUUUUCUUCACAAUUAAUACAUUUCAAUAGCUUUUGCUAGUAAGCAGCACCAUGUUCUCAUGUUAUAUUCUGAUGGGUUUUUCAAGGCAUUCAUAAAGUUGAGGGAAAAGUGAUAAAGCCAACUGAAACUGCAAUUCAGUUUGACUAUCCUGCUGUUCUCAGAAGGCAGAUGGAUGGUAUUUUACUGUGGCUAGUUGGGUGCCAUGUAUUACCUGUCUUCUUUGCUGACCUUCUGUUACUUUUUAAUUCCUUCAGCCUCCACAGUAAUUUUCGUAUUCAAUAUCUUUCCUAAUGAGGGCUCUUUUAGAUAACCAUUGUAUUUUUUUCAGAGAUGAUAGGAUUAAAUAGAAAUUACUUGGCAGAAAGAUCUAGCCCAUCUUCUGCUUUCACAUUCCUCUGCAGAAAGAAGUCAAUUCAUCAUACAGAGGUAGCAUCCGCUUCUCCAUGCUGUAAAAGAACAGCUUUCAAAAUGUUGAGAAGAAUCUUUUGACUCCCACUCUGCUUGAGCCACCUGCAGACUGGUAACAGAGCAGACUCAGAGAGAAAAGAGACUCUUAGUGAUUGGUUUACUUAAUUGAGAAGCCCAAACCAUGCAUCAUGGGCUCUUUCUGUAUGAUGUGCCAGUUUUUAUCCACAUUUGGCAAGAGAAUUAGGUAGCUGCUUUCUUUCUGUCUCAGCACAUUGGCCUGCCUGUCUUCCAGUUGGUGUCCUCUUCCCCUGAGCUCCUCAAUUUAUUAACAGAUAUUAGCUGAGGUAGACAGAGGAACAGUGUUCUCAAAAGUAUUUUGCUUCUGUUAUGCUACAGUUGACAAGGGAAGUGAAACCCUGUUAGUGUUACCACUUUGAGAAAGGCAGGAGAAUGUGGUUAUAGUAAGUUCUGCUGGCCCACUGAGACCAAUGAGAGCACUGGCUGUCCAGGGAGCACCUGCAUGUUUCUAUAUCACUGUAAGGAUGUGGUGGCCCUUGCCCAGGAGCUGAGCCAAAUGAAAGCCAUUAAGGAGUGUGGGACAUACAGACCUGGGCAUUUUACAGCUGAUUUGAGGUGUAAGGCUAGAAGGGACAUCAUGGUAUGGGAAAGUGCUGGGAAAUUGUGUUGUGUUGAAGAGAAGUUGCAGAAACCAGCACUGUUGCACUUUGCCACCUUCCUAGGAUGCUGCCUAAAUAUAAUUGCUAUAAGUCAAACAUGUACAGUCACUGCUGGAGCCCAGACCUGAUAAUGGAGAUUCUAACAGCCGCACCAUGCUUUUCCUCAUGCUGCAUCCUGAAGUUAGUUCUUUUACUCAGGGUUAAUAAAGGUAUCAUCUGCAACCAUCUUGAAACACUACAAUCCCAAUUCCGUAACAUAGAGGUGCAACUGGUUGUGAGGUGUUGCUUCAUUAAUGUUCCAAUGCCAUCUAGUGUCACUACAGGUUGCCUCUCUUCCAUUUGGAAUGCAUUACUAAUGGCUCUUCUUUAGCACCCCUACUACAUAAGAAUAGGAAGUCCACCAUAUACAUUUCAUAUAAAAAAUGUGCAAAGGUGGGGGUCCUUGUUUAUAUCUAGAAUGUUGUAUCUUGACCUGGGAUUUCAGGUUUAUACCUCAACCCAAAUAACAAAACAAAACAAAAAAGCCCUGUAUGUUAUGUAAGGGUAGACCUGAGCCAUGAGAGUGCAGCAGCAUGUCUGUAGUACACUUUAAAAAGUAGCAAUUGCUUCACUAAAUCAAUGCAGCUAAGAAGCUCUCAGAACAAAGUACAAAAAAUCUAAAACAGAGAUUUUGCAGCUUGCCAUGCCCUGCCCUGCCCUUGUUUUGAUUUCACAAUGCAGGAUGUGCAUAUAACACUCUGUGACUUCUGUAACAUCUGUGAGAAUGAGCAGGGAUCAUCUGCCCUGGGGCAAGGUGCUAACCAGGAGUAUAUAUUACUUGUAAUGCUGGGUUUUAUCUACAUAUCAAACAUUUACUAUCUAUAUAUGAGAAAAAAAAAAAGUUAAUGUUUGUCAGACUGAAUGGGAUUAAGCCAUUUGAAUUUUUCAAUCUGCAGAGAGACUUAAUAGAGAAAUUAAGAGAUUGGUCACAUUGUUUCCAUAUUUAUCUAUUUUUUAAAGCAGAAUUGCUACAGGAAAAUUAUUGGUAGGCCAAUCAGAUUGAAGAAUUACAGUAAUUUGUGACAGGAAAAUCUAGGAAGAUUGAAGCUCUUAGAAAGAAAUCUUGCCAAACUGUCAGGUAUGUAAGCUCAUGCUCCAAGGAUAUUAUUUGCAUGCUGUGAGAAACAAUCACUUGUUUAACAGGAGUAUUGAAUAGACAAAGCACUAAGAAUUAUUUCCAAGAAAACAUCCUGUCUUGUAAUUUAUUUGAUUGGAGGAUUGGAGUUCCUUUGUGUUAGCACCAGCAUCCUUUUGGCACUGCACUGUAUUGGGUGGAUGUAAUGCAGAUUAUAUAAAAAGAACCAGAUUGCGCAAGAAAUCUAAAAAAGUUGUUGCAGUCACUCUUCAUCAUUUAAACACAUUAAAACUCCUAGUCCAUGCAAAAGGUUGAUCAUUGAGUGAAUUGUUGCUUCUGCUAGGAAGAAACAAGCAAUAAUAACUGAUAAUUUAUUUAGUGGGAUCCUGUGUGUUUUUUGUGUGAGGAUUUCAGCUUCCUGGGGCAUGGCUGGAGUCUUGUGGUAGGCGACUUUUUCCACUUUCACUAUUCCAUGCCUAUUU